AUGGGCGCUUCUAUCUUGUCACUUUUGGCAUUGCCGUUGCUAUGUCUCAUAUCAAUCCCCCUCAUCUUCUCCGCAUGGCUGACCCUCUCGGUUGCCUUAUUUACCCUUCUCUUGCGAGUCUCCGUGGUCUACCUUGAGUUAGGAUAUGCCCUGAUCGUCAACUUCUUUACACUUCCAACCUCCAAAUACACCUCCUCAUUCUUGACAUUUGCGCCCUCCGAGCCACCAACGCCCGCGGACGGGAGAUCCCGACGGAAUUCCACACAUGGUCCGAUACAGCCUCGUCGAAGCCAUACUGCUCUUUCAUCAUGGAGUUUCAGUGGAGUCCAGGAUGAUCACUUGAAGCGCAAGAGCCAGAGGAGUUAUGCUCAGAGUAUGAUCAAAGCCCAUGAUCUACCUACUACGCCUCCACCGGCGAAUUUUACCGGCCUCCCAGUGAGCGGCGACAAGAGACGAGAUUUCGAAGGUGUGGGCGGCUGGCGCUCAUACCCAGACGCUUCAUCUCAAAUCUCGAAGCCACGCAGUGUUCAUUCACAAGAAAAGCCUCUAAGCUCGUCAUGUUCAUCAACACAUAGCAUGGCCGGCGAUGACGUGGGUGCAGAUAUCGAUGCGGACGAGCGCGCCUGGUUAUCCUUAAACCACCGACUAGAGCUACCAUCCCGAGUAGUCACAUACGGAAGGGGUUCCUCGCCUCCUUCAAAUGUGACGAGCCCUAUGCAUGGUGAUUCUCGACCCGUCUCUUCCAAUGCUCUUGUGCCUGGGUUUCCGUCCGAGUUCUACGAUCGCCAUGCCAGUCAUCCAAGUGGGCAUAGACAUCACCACCGUUCACAUACUACAUCUGCACUGUCAACAUUCGAUCGUCGCACAGGAAGUGGUCUCGCCCUAUCUCUAUCUACAAGACCGGAUCAAUCCAGUCGUCCGGUCUCUCCUUCAUCAGUGCGGAAUCCCACAUUCAUGACUCCACAGCCAUAUUCAACUGCAAUAUCACGAUCUUCCAUGCGCUCGCGGGCUAGUGGUACGCCCCAUACCACAGGACAUGUAUUAGCAGGCAGUAAUCAUGGUGCUGGGGGUUACUUUGCCCUACCACGACCUGGUGAGAUGCCGAUACCCGCUUUCUCAGCGGUGGUUAGUCCUAGUCUGAGUGGACACACGACUCCUGGUGAGGAGAAUAGUCCGUCGCAGUUGACUCGCUUUAUUGCGCAUUAUCCGACUAGCGUCAGGCAUCGGAGACGGAGUAUCUCAGGUCCUCAUGCGAGACGGGUUUCUAUUGAUGAAAGACUAGUGUGA